CACUGGCGCGCGGCCAGUUGAACGACGGAUGUACACGUACAGUUAAUGCUGUCAGUGUCACUACAGUCAGACAGUUAAGAUGUCGAAAACUUUCACGGUAUCUGACGUUACAGACAUUGACCUGUCAUCAAUUUUAAACAAAUUAGGACACAGAUUAGAGGAGAUCAGAGUAAGGGCACUGCACAAUAUCCUGAGCAAAAUUGAGCAUGGAAUAAUAUGUGAAGCAGACCUUCUACAACAGCAGCAGUUAUAUAUACAGCUGUUAGAAUGGUUUAAUUAUGACAAGUGCUCACACCAGCUGGAAGUUCUGCAACUCAUCCGACAACUGACAAAGCACGAUUCAGCUGUAAAGCAGUUUCUACAGAUUGGUGCAGUUGACUUCCUUUCCAAGCUUCGGGCCAAUUGUGAGGAUGGCUUACAUCCCGUCAUAGAUGACAUCCAAGAAAGUCUCCUAAGCUUACGGAGUCAUGAACAACUAAUGCACAGAAGGGAAUGUAUCUUCCAACACCAUUCCGUACUCAAGAAAGAAAAUGCAAGUAACACCCUGGAGGACAGGCAGCUUAGCUGUGGUGUUAUGAGGAAGGCAGUUGAUAAUCAAGGCUACUUUCCUCAGACAUCCCCCAGUGUAAGCAAGGGUGUACAUACAAAUGACCGUAUCGCUUCAGUAAAUUCAGGUGUUGGAUGUGUGAAAGGAUUGAAGUUUUCAACAUUUCCUUGGUUGUCCCUUACACCAACAGACAGACAUGUGCUGAUCUCCACCAACAGUUCUUUGUGCAGUCCGAGACCCAGCAUUGUACUCACCUCAUGUGAAUUUGUCAGCGGUGUUGUGCUGCAAGACUUUCCAGCUGAAAUAUUUUUACAGAGGCCCAACAUCACCAAGAGUCUGUUAUCUUUGCUUGGUCUGAAGCCACUCAGCAUUGGUGAUAACUCCAUAGCCCUCAGUGCAAUCAAGUGCUUAAGGGAAUUAUCCACUCUGCUGCUUUCACGUCACAAAUUUUAUCAUGAUCCUGCCUUAUAUUGCCCCAAACAAGAUUUUGGAUCUCAAACAGCAUCCACCGCAUCCUCUGGAAUGGGAAGAGCAUCCUGUUCAACUAGCCAAUCAACGCUGAGCACAGGCUCAAGACCUUCAGUGAUUGGUCGAAAUGAACCUCGUGUAAGAGGAGAUGGAAGAGAUGGUGACACAUCAAGCUCUGUACACUCAAGUCCUGUAGUUGCCGACAUCACUGCAUCUGUCUCAGACACAGAUAGUGAGGAUGCCAUCGUCCUUCAGUUCUCUCAGCUUACCUUGCCUCAGUUUGCAACAGAUGUCUUGUUUCAUGUGACUCCACUUCUUAAAACAGGCACCACUGAAGUGGUUGUUGCUAGUGUGUAUCUUUUGAAUGAGGCUAUGAAGCUGGUAAGAGUUGCCAUGACAACAGAUAUCUGGGAUGAUGGCAGUGCAGCAGGUAGAGCAUUGACUGACAAGUUGUCAGAUAGCUUUGAAGUCCUCGGUGAGGUUCUUCACUAUCAUUAUCAUCAUUGCCACGGUGAUCAUGAUGGUGAACAAUCCAUCCCUGUUGGACACGUAUCCAAGGAAACGUUUGUUCACCAUCGGCUCUCCAUGAUUGCUAUCAUUACUCUGGUGAAGACAGUGAUUCAAGACCUUGUUCCAUUUGAAAAGGCCAAAGAUAUCCUACCAGAGAACCUUUCCUCAUCUUUGUACCUUGCUGUUAUGGAUGAAGGUCUGAUGUUCUGCACUCCCCAUGUUCGUGUGUGUCUGUUACCCAUAAUACAAAGGUCCUUACCUGCUAAGCAUAGGUUGUACCAAGAAGCUGCCAACAUCUGUAGCUCUAUGAACAGUGCUUCCCUGUUCCUUCAAGAGCUGGAUGACAAGUGUACAAAUGCUGAGAGAUUGCUUAACUUAGCAGAAGCAAGCCUAAGCAGUCUACAUUGUCACAGGGUGCUGUCACUCGUGGAUAAGUUUGUUCAACUUUGCUCAGACAUCUGCAGUUCAUCAAAUGAGAAGAAUGUGAAAUAUUCUCGAAAAAUCUUAUUGAAGUUCCUCGCACAUCCUGAGAUGUUGUCAAUGUGGAGGAAGUCAUCAGAGGCAGAAGGAGGGCUGCUGAAUGUAUCCAUUUUCUACUUGAUUCAAACAUUCUAUAUGAGAUAUGCUGUUUUGGACUUUCUGAUGAUCAAGAGAAACAGUUUGAGCGUGCCAGUCCCCAGUGGGGCUCAGGAAUAUACUGUGCCACUCCACUGCACAGCCAUUGGCUCGUCUACACUCCCCUACUGGCCUUCUGGAGUGUAG